UCGCUCUCUCUCUCUCUCUCUCACACACACACACACACACACACACACACACACACACACAAGCCCCUCCUUGCCUUGCACCAGCCCAUUUGUCUUUCUCUGCUCAUACAAUCAAGCUCUCUCCCUCUCCAGUCCAGUCUCCGGGAUAAAACGUCAAUUUAACACUCAAAUUAGUAAGAACUUCACUUACUUAAAACUUUGACUACAUUUUUAUCAGUGAAUGUCAAUAUCGCACUUUUUUCUGUAAUUCGGCGAUUAUUUUAUUUUUCCUGCACAGACGUACCGUAUCUUGCCGAUUGAUUUAUGACGGGUCAAUGUUGAUCCAGCUUUCUGACGGUGUGGAGUGGCGCCAAAUGGGCGUCUGAAAAGGUGAGGACGCUGUGGUAGGCAAAUAUAGUAGGUCUCCUGUUACUUCUGAAAAACUACUGAAAACUGAAAACUACAAGAAGAUUAUAGAGAAAAAGGCACAUAGGUUUUGAAAUAUUUCUGAAUUCUGGCUGGGAAAACGAGGAGUAUACAAAGGAUAAAACAAAAAGAGGGGAGUAACAGGAGGUGUAUGUUGCCUCUCACUGUAGUUUCCCUGCCACUACCAUGAGUUGGAGUUUCCUGACUCGGCUGCUGGAAGAAAUCCACAACCAUUCUACAUUUGUGGGCAAGAUCUGGCUCACUGUCCUCAUUGUUUUCCGCAUUGUGCUGACAGCCGUAGGAGGUGAGUCCAUCUACUACGAUGAGCAGACUAAGUUUGUCUGCAACUCAGGUCAGCCGGGCUGUGAGAACGUCUGCUACGACGCCUUCGCUCCACUCUCACACGUCCGCUUCUGGGUUUUCCAAAUCAUUCUGGUGUCCGCACCUUCACUCAUGUACCUGGGCUAUGCUGUCAACAAGAUUGCUCAUGCAGAGGAACAGGCAGACAGUGGGGGAGUGAGUGGAUUUUCACGGAGAAAACCCAAGAAGCACUAUCUUGCAGGCAGAAAGCAGCACAGGGGCACUGAAGAGGCUGAAGAUGACCAAGAGGAAGACCCAAUGAUCUAUGAAAUGGCAGAGGUGGAAAGUAAUAGUGGUGGAGCAGCAAAACAAAACAGUGGUGAUAGACAAGUGAAUGUCAAGGCGCGCCAUGACGGGCGCCAGCGUAUCAAAGAGGAUGGACUGAUGCGGAUUUAUGUGCUUCAGCUCUUGGCCCGCUCCUUGCUGGAGGUGGCUUUCUUGUGUGGACAGUAUGCCCUGUAUGGGUUUGCUGUGCCCGCUUCCUACGUGUGCUCAGACCUGCCCUGCCCUCACAGCGUGGACUGCUUUGUGUCACGGCCCACUGAGAAAACAAUCUUCCUCCUCAUCAUGUACACAGUCUCCCUGCUCUGUCUGGCACUCAACAUAUGGGAGAUGCUUCACCUGGGCAUAGGUACUAUCUGUGAGAUCCUACGCUCCCGCCGGGUGCAGCUCCAUGAUGACGAGCUGUACGGGCUGACGCGUGGACAAGGAGCUCUUAAUGAUGCAGGAUUGAGCGGAGAGGAUUAUAGCAGCUACCCUUUUUCUUGGAAUGCACCAUCAGCUCCACCUGGGUACAACAUCGCCAUCAAGCCUCCUCUGGUAUCCACGGGGCACCACGACCAACCACUACCCAUCACUGAUCUCACCAAUGCCAAAAUGGCGUGUCGGCAGAACCACGUGAACAUUGCCCAAGAGGAGCGUCAGCAUUGCACCAAUAAUGAUGAAAACCUGUGCAGAGCAAAGAUGGGAGAUGCCCCCAGAGGUGUUAAUAAGGACAUCCGUCAGCCUCAGAACAGGCUGGAGGCUGACAAUCAGACCUACAGCCAGCCACAGAGCCAGAGUAAUAGCCACAGCAAGCUUCAUCAUGAACGUAAACACCGGCAGGCCUCCAAACACCCCUCAAGUAAGGCAGACGCAGACAGAGGCAGCAGCAGCAGUAGUAGCAGCAAAUAUGGAGUCAUAAAGGGUUCUGAGUGGAUCUGAAAUACAGACUGUGACUUCUGUUACUUUCAAACAAUGUAAAUCCUUCUCAGACAGACACAGUAUUUACAUUUGUGUGCCCAUACUGUGUAUAAACAAAUGGACACGGCCCCCAGUUUCCAUCCUUUUCAAUAGUAUUCAUACCAUUGAUAGUUGUGAUUAUUAGAGUCAGGAUCUACUUUGUACCAGUCCACUGAUCUCGCUCACGAGGAUCAAAGAGAGAAAGAGUUGAAAUAAUAAUAACAAAUACUCUAUAACCUAUCUGUAGGCGGACUAUCCAAGUAAAGUGUUACCCAACAUUUUGAUUCAGGACUCAAACAAUUAGUUUAUUAAUCAAUUAGUCGAUGAACAGAAAAAAAAAAUUGUCAAGAAUUUUGAUGAUUUUGAAUUUUGGCUUCCUGUUUUUUCUGUUUUCUAUCAAUGUAAACUGAAUAUAUUUGGGUUUGGGACUGUUGGUUGGAAAAAAUGAAUUAGUAUUAGUAUUCAGGUUUAAGUAGCCUUAAAACUCAACAGUACAAGAUAGAUUCUGUUACUAAUAUGUAAAUGGAACUUUUAAGAAAACAAUUGAAGAUAAUGUAAAGGGGAUAAGAAAGGAUGUAACCCUUUUAAGUGACAGUUUGUGACAAAGCUGUAUAAAUGCUUGCUGCCGCUGUAUUCAACAUUAAAUUACAGUGGAGUAAAAGUAUCAAAAUAACUUUUUUACAUUUUGUUAAAUAGCUUUUGCAGGAAGAUGUUGGUGCUAUCUUUGAUUCCUGGUGAAUAUGCAGAGGAUUCCACGCUGUAACCUAAGGUGCCUUACUUAAACAGUCGAAGUGCUGCUUCCUAUUAACUCUGCAUCACUUUAAGUGCAACUGCUGAAUAAGUAAUUGUUUUCUACAUGUGAAGUCCUACUGUCUGUAUGACUAGUUUCAUUACCAUCCAGAGGUAACAAUAUUGUUGUUUCUGAAUAUGCAAAAUAGAUUUUUUUUUUCUCCAGCCAUAAAGAAAAAAAUAAGAGUAAGUUUUCAGUUGGUUAUGUGUUGGUCAAUGACCUAACCUUGUUGUCAGUGUCUUAUGGUCAAGCUGUUACAGUUUUUGGCAUAUUGUUUGUUUGAAGUUUUUUCUGACAGUUAGUCCAUUAGUUUGUUGGCAUGUUGUGUUUUUUCGCACGCCUGUUAUAAAGACUUCCUUGUCAUUCCUACAUAGUUUUUCAAAUUUUCAAAUUGAAAUGUUAUUAAGGCUAGUCCUUUGCACUGUGCCAGUGUUUCUGUGAAAAAUAUUUUCAUAAACCAAAAGUGCAUGUUUUGAAUAAAGAAUUGGUAUUUGU